AUGGCCUGGUUCGCGUCGUCCGUAGCAGCCGUCCUCGCCAUUGUCGUGCCACACAGCUCCGCCCAAGUUGCCGAGGACUUCUGUACAUCGCUUCAGAUGUGCGUCGCGUACGGCAAAGUCCCAUGCGACCGCAACAUCCAGCACUGCCCGCCUUGCAUUUACAUUGACACGAAGGGCCAGACGUUGUGCUAUGACCAAAUCACAGGCACGAAACUGUGUCCAUUUCUGAACACGACCGCCGACUGCAGCGGCGGCGAGACGUCGUCGGUGCCACCCCUCCGCAACAAAACACCAAGCAUCCACGGGGAUUCGACUACUCUUACGCCACCUCGUCCACACAUUACAUCCAACUCGCAAACCACAGUCGUCCGGGAAGAAGAAGACCCUUCGUCCUGGAAUGGUCUGAGCAUUGGGCUCAUGGUGGUUGUGGUGGUGCUGGCGUCCGCGCUUGCCGUCGCUGUGUUCAAGUACACGCAAUACACCAAGUCAAGCGCCGCCCAGCAUCAUCAUCGAACGCCGUCCAUGCCCAUACAUGGCGUCAAGAAUUCGUGCUCUUCGUGCUCCCCGCCCGACUACCAAGACCCAACUCCUUUCACGCUCUACCCACCAAGCCCGUCGCCCCAACUACACCUGUCGUCUACCAUGACAACCACCAUGAUGACCACGCCACUGGUCGUUGGGUAUUUCGACACCCUGAACAACACCAGCAGCAUUGCCUCUAGUCGGUCCGUGUCGUUGUGUCACAUCAUGGAGUCGCCACGGGAAGACGACAACCAAACCCUUAUCCGGCCAUCGGGGGCGUUUUGA